UCUUGACAAGUAUGAAUUUUAGUUCUUUAUAUCACUCUUAACUUGAAGGGAAUUAUUUCUCAAAAAUAACUAAAGCCCUUGAGUCGUUAAGUACUGGCGGUGGUUUGUAGAAUUCAAGUUGGCAUUAGGUGAGAGCAGACAGGGCCAGAAAAGUGGUUAUAAAAAAUAUUUCAAUCAUGGAGGGAUUCAAAUAUUAUAUUUCACUAUCUCAGUGUUAAUAGAUAUUUUAAUCUAUCUUUUACUGUACUGCAAUCAUGGAGUAAUAUUAAAAUAAACAAACACAAUCAACCAUGAUCUUGUGCAUUUCGUGCGUGUACCUUAUCUUCUUUUAACAAUGUUAUGUGAUCUGAGAAUUCUCAACAAACAACAAUGGCUUCUUCCUCCUUAGUCAAGUCUUUGACUUGUGCUUUGCGUGCUGGCCGUAUCAGCCACUGUUUCAGCUCCACCAGGAUCUUUUCGUCUUCCACUGUUUAUGUCGAAUCCCAAACUAGCAACGAUGUUCUCAAUAUUGCCGAUGAUAUUACACAGCUCAUAGGAAAAACGCCAAUGGUUUACCUGAAGAGUAUCACUAAGGGCUCAGUUGCUAACAUUGCUGCAAAGCUUGAGGUUAUGGAGCCUUGUUGUAGUGUCAAAGACAGGAUAGGUUAUAGCAUGAUCCUUGAUGCAGAGCAAAAAGGACUCAUAACACCUGGUAAAAGUAUUUUGGUAGAACCUACCGGUGGGAACACAGGAAUUGGUCUUGCCUUUGUCGCAGCUACUAAAGGUUAUAAACUCAUUUUGACAAUGCCUGUUUCAAUGAGUUUAGAAAAAAGAGUUCUUAUGAAAGCAUUUGGAGCUGAGCUUGUUUUGACCGAAUAUUCCAAGGCUAUAAGUGGAGCAAUUCAAAAAGCUGAAGAAAUUGUAAAAAAUACACCUAAUGUAUACAUGCUUCAACAAUUUGAUAAUCCUUCAAAUCCUAAGGUGCAUUUUGAGAAUACCGGGCCAGAGAUAUGGAAAGAUACAAAAGGAAAAGUAGAUAUUUUAGUCGUGGGAAUUGGAACUGGUGGAACUCUUUCUGGAGCUGGUAGAUUCCUAAAACAACAAAAUCCAAAAAUAAAGUGUAUCGGUGUAGAGCCUCUCGAAUGCAACGUACUUUCAGGUGGAAAGCCAGGACCUCACAUAAUUCAUGGUAUUGGAUCUGGUUUUGUGCCCAAGAAUUUGGAUAAAAAAAUCCUUGAUGAAGUUAUAGCGAUAUCCGGGGAAGAAUCUGUCAAAACUGAAAAGCUAAUAGCACUCCAGGAAGGCAUGCUGGUGGGAAUUUCUUCAGGUGCUGCUAAGAGACCUGAAAAUGAGGGAAAGCUUAUUGUGGUUAUAUUCCCAAGCUUCGGUGAAAGAUAUGUGUCUACUUUUCUUUUCCAGGAAGCUCGAGAAGAAUGUAAGAAAAUGCAACCGGAGCCAUGAAACAAUUUUACUCUUUCAUGUUUUAGACACAUUUUCAACAGCACUUUGUACGAGUGUUCGAUGGAACCCUUAUUUUGCUUGGACAAAUAGCCUCCUACUCUUCGAUGAGUGUUAGCUUUCCUUGGAUCUCCAUCACUUGGCACUCUUGCUUUGUAUCCUGGUCUUCCACUUUUUUUUGUUGUAUUUUUGUUUUCCGUUGUAUUUUCUUUUUUCCAUGGGUGGGUUGUCUCUUAGGAAUUGUUUUCCUUGCUACUUCAACGAGUAUAAAGAUUUUGAGGCUCAGUUCAUGAGAGCUUUUUGCAAUGAA